AUGAAGUUCUCUCCUGUCUACCUCCUCUCUCUGGCACCACUUGCCGCCGCCCAUUUCAAGCUCGAAUACCCCGCAAGCCGUGGCAGAAAUGAGGACACAAUGGCCAACUACCCAUGUGGUGGCAUGGCUCAAUCCUCGAAUCGGACUCAGAUUCCCCUCUCCGGCUCCUUCCCUGUGGCUGUGACCUUGGGCCACGCCCAGACCGCCUUGGAGGUUCUGCUGGCUCUGGGAAGCAACCCGGGCGACAACUUCAACAUCACCCUCCACCAGACCUUCCGCGUUGAAGGUCUGGGUGCCUUCUGUCUCCCCGACAUCGUCUUUGACGAGUCUGUGCUGGGCGUCAACAUCACCGAUGGCAUGAACGCGACUCUGCAGGUGCAGAGCAACGGUGACCCCACCGGUGGUCUCUACGCUUGCGCGGAUAUCCAAUUCUCCUCGUCCGCAAAGGUUGAUGAGGCCUCGUGCAAGAACAACACCGGCAUCAACGCUGUCGCGUUCGCCGGCGAUGCCGCCAAGCGCAAUGCCAAUGAAUCCACCUCUGACGGCCAAGCACAGGGCAGCUCCGGCUCCAACUCUGACUCCCACUCCCACUCCGGCUCUAACUCUGCUACACAGACCCAGGGCACUGCUGCCUCUUCGACUGGCGGUGCUGUGGCCCUUCAGACUGCUGCUUGGGGAGUCUUCGGCGCUGCCGUUGUCGGCGGUCUUGCCGUUCUGUAG